AUGCAUGAAAAUGUGGUGGUGCCGAAUCAGAAGACUUAUUACUGGUAUCACCGGCAGUUUCGGCGAGUACCAACCAUAGAUGAGUGCUACACUGAUGAUCUCCUUUGCAUAUUUGAAGCACAGGAACAGUUCAGGAGAGACAAGUUUGUGGAGAACAAUAUCCUGGCCAUUUUGCGUCAGAGGAUGGAGGAGUGCAGGUUUGCAAAUGGCCCAGAUGCUGAUGAAAAUUGUGUUAAGGUGACACAGGAUUUCAAGGAAGCAGAAGAGAACUGGUACAUCAAAUAUGGGGAUCUAGGUUAUGCAGGAGAUGUUAGAAAAGCAUUUGCUAAGCAGAAGCAUCGCAUGGUCUGGGAGAGGAGACAUGGACCUGUUGGGACUGGCAUGCGUUCAAAGGAGGAACUGGAAGCCAGAAGAAAGGCAGAAUCAGAUGGAUCAGAAUCUUAG